AUGACAGAUUCAACUAUUAAACAUAUAGGUGCUGUUUUUCCAAUUACUUCUGAAGCGUUACAAACAGAUAUUAAAUAUCGUCGACGUCGUUCUAUUAUUCAAGAAUUUAGUCUUAAUACUUCAACUCAUGGUAUUCCAGGUAUUGCACGAAGUAGAAGUGUAUAUAAUCGAAUUUUUUGGACAAUUUCAUUUUUGUUUUUUACUGGUGUAAUGAUUUUCUUUAUAACACAAUCUAUACAAGCUUAUUUCGGUUAUCCAACACAAACAUCAGUAUCUUUUGUUGUUCAACGUUCUCAAGCAUUUCCAGCAGUUAGUGUGUGUAAUUAUGCACCGGUGAGAUAUGAUUUAAUCAUUGACACUUUUCUGAAUUAUACAAAUUCACGUGGUUUAACUAAUACAACCGAUAAUAGCACUAUGACAGCACAACAAGCUUCCUAUAUACGUGAUUUUUUGCAAUAUAUAUUCAAUUCCGAACAAGAUUUCAAGCCAUAUCUUUUUUCUUUGCAAUCAAUGUUAUUAAAUUGUGUAUAUAAUGGACAAUAUUGUAACUAUACUGAUUUUACUCCAUUUAUAUCAUCUACUUAUGGUUUUUGCUAUACUUUUAAUGCUAAAAUGAAAUCAAAUGGAAGUACAAUUCGACAAACUACUGAUAAUGGAGGUUCUGGUAAACUCGAAUUAGGAUUCUAUGCACAGAGUCAACAAUAUUUUCCAUAUGUAUCCGCAGGUAAAUUCAAUACUUUAGUUUUAAGAAACGUUUUUCCUUUUUUUUGUCAUAUAGAUGCAUCAGUUGGUAUGAUGAUUAU